AGAAUGUCAAAGUGGCACAUGCGUCUUUCCAAAAUGUCAAUGGUCGUUGCGAUAUACCGAAAUAGUUUUACUAUGGAAUAUCAAUACCAGAUAUGCGUGACCUUGUUUGUAACAUACUAAUCUAUCUAAUGUAAAUUUGAUGCAAAUUGGACCGAUAUUCGUAAAGUUUAGUAAAAAUAUAGGUAGCAUGAGUUUAGAUACGGCACUGCCUGUAUCAUGCCAACCGGAACUCGUGUGCUACUUUAUAUAUCUUAUGAAGUUUGGUAAGAACGACUUUUCAAAUCUACGAUAUUUAAUGCCCUUACAUUUUAAGAAAAAUUACAACAUGAUAUUCAACCUUACUACCGCUACAUCGUUAAAAUGCCCAUAGCAGACGACAAAACACAUAACAUUUGGGAAAAUCUAAAAUCAAAUAAACAAGGUUAAAGCACAAGUCUACAGCUGUACACAUAUAUCUAUAUAUACUUAUCAAACUCUCGCAGACGAUUUUUCUCCGCAAUCCAACAUGGAGUCCUACAGGCAGACGAUGUAGGAGUCUUCCAAAAAAACAUCAAUAAAUCUUAAUAAACAAGUUUGAUUCGUGAUUACACGAAGUGUUUUUAGUCGUCAAUGGCAGCAUCGUUACUUCGAAGUGGUAAUAGAGUCAUCACGCUCCUGGACACCGUCAGGAAAACGGGGGACCUUGUUACUCUAACCUCAAAACGAUCCAUCAUGGCGAGCCGGCCGAGAAUGGAGAAGGUCCUCGAAGAUCUCCAAAGGAAUCCGUACUUCGACAAGUAUGCCCAAAAGAUCGCGAAACUCCAGGAAACCAGCCCCGAGGAGUUCCUCGCGAGAAUCGAGGAAAAGGAGAGCAAGCUCAAGGAAGAGAAAGUUUUCUCAAGAUGUUUGAGACAAACCCGAAAAUCGCCACUGUCAUGGAGUGUUACAUCCCACUUAUGGAGAUCAAAUACUGUUCACAAACAAAUUAUGGUUAGAGCAUAUUCACAAGCAGCAGCUGAUUAUAAAUACAUAACGACGCCAAUUUUUUAUGUCAAUGCAGCUCCACACAUCGGACACUUGUACACCGCGGUUUUGGCAGAUUCGAUUGCGAGAUUUAAUUCAAUGCAAGGUCAUGUAACUGUAUUAAACACUGGAACUGACGAGCAUGGUAAUAAGGUUCAACAAGCAGCAAAAUCGUUCAAUGUACCCACGGAUCAGUACUGCAAAAUCACGUCGCAGAAAUUUAGAGAUAUGUGCGAUACUUUUGACGUUGAUUACGCCACAUUUAUAAGAACUACAGAUCCCGCUCAUCAAGAAACGGUUCAAAACUUUUGGAGGCUUCUCGAAGAAAGAAACCAUAUUUACAAGGGUAAAUAUGCGGGCUGGUACUGUGUUUCUGAGGAAGCGUUUUUAUCGAAUCAAGACUUGAUUGAGAAGAAGACAGCAUCUGGUGAAACUAUCAGAGUCUCUGCAGAAUCUGGUCACGUUGUUGAAUGGGCCGAAGAAGAGAAUUACAAAUUUCGACUAAGCGCAUUUCAAGAUGACUUAAAACAUUGGUUAAAAGAUGAAAAAGUCGUUCAACCUUCGACUUUCCAUAAAAUUUUAUUACAGUGGGUCGAAGAAGGAUCGUGUAUGGCAGAUCUAAGCAUUUCCAGACCAGCAAAUAGAUCCCCUUGGGGUAUUCCCACACCAAGUGAUCCGAAUCAAACGAUUUACGUAUGGCUUGAUGCUUUAGUAAAUUAUUUAACAGCGUUGGGAUAUCCUGACCAGAAGUUCAAAGAAUUUUGGCCACCCACAGUACAAGUGAUCGGCAAAGAUAUCUUAAAGUUCCACGGCAUUUAUUGGCCUGCAUUUUUAAUAGCAGCUGGAUUGGAACCUCCAAAAACUUUAUUUUGUCAUUCGCAUUGGACCGUCGAUGGUGAGAAAAUGUCUAAAUCGAGAGGUAAUGUUGUAUCGCCAUUUGAUGCUGCUCAACAAUUUACGACGGAAGGCUUGCGAUACUUUCUUCUUAGAGAUUCAGUACCUCAUAACGAUUCAAAUUACAGUACAGAAAGGGUUUUGAAUAUCUUGAAUUCCGAGUUAGCCGAUACUUUAGGAAACUUAGUUAGCAGAUGUACGGGUAAAGUUGUCAACCCCAAAAGUGAGAUUCCAAGUGCAGCGAUCUAUGCUAAAGAGCUUAAAUCUGAACCAGCAGAAACACUGAGAAAGAGCAUGGAAUCUCUCGGAGAAAUUACUAAACAACACUACGAAUCCUUUUACGUCCAUCACGCCAUAGACGCAGUGAUGUCUACUCUGAGAAGUGCUAAUAUUAUGAUUGAACAUCACAAGCCUUGGGUCCUUAGAAAAGAACCCGACAAUGAAAUCGCUAUCACCGAAUUAAAAUCAGUGAUUGCAUUAGCAUUGGAGGCUACCAGAAUUAGUGCUAUAGCUCUAUACCCAGUAGUGCCGAAGUUAAGUUGCAACUUGCUAGACUUUUUAAAUGUACCGAAUAAUGCAAGACUUUGGAAAGACACAAAACCAAAGUAUUUGGAAUCUCCACCAUCGGCAGAUUUUGAACAUUUUGGACAUAAAAAUACGAUCUUGUUUCCUAAAAUUAAACUGAAGGCGUAAUAUGUAAAUUAAAAAUGUGAUAUUCAAUUUUUUAAAUUUCGCAUAUAUUUUCGCAAUAAUGUUAUAAACAUUGUUAUUAUUUAUCUUUUUAUAUUUGUCAAAAAAAUGAAUAAAUAAUCAUAAAUUAAAAAUAUAUGAAACUGGAGACUUAGGAUACGGGAAGUGAAAGAAAACAAAAUAUUCUUUUUUCAUAAACUCACGCAGAUGUCUUAUAUUAAAUAUUUACAGAGAACGAUCAUUCGAAUAUAUCUUUAGUGUACAUAAAUACGUCGUACGCAACACAUCGACGAGAGGAUUUAUUUCUGACCUAAAAAACAGAAAAUUUAUUUAAAAAACGGAUAAAAGAAAUCAAAACCUUGCGGUUUUAACAUUAUUAAUCAAUAAUAAAGCAGAUUCAAGAAAAUUCUAAUAAUUUAUAGACUCGGAGUAUGAACUUUUACGCAAUACCUCCGAUCUCAUCGUGGUGUCGUGUACGAUCGUUUAUUAGAGUUAGCUUGUAUUCGUAGGAAGCUCGUCGGAACUCGCCCACACUACAGUCGUCCUUCUCCACGCACGUCAUAGAGUCAAAGAACACAAGCACUAUCGUAUUGAAUUCAUUGUUUACCUAUUCACUGUGUUCUGUAUGAGCCUUUAUAUUAUUAUUUUCGCACUCGGACGGUUGUUCGAAGAUUCUUCCUGGAUGCGACGAUUGUGGAUAUGUGACGCGUACAGAAUUGAGUCGAAUUUAUUUAUACAUAAUCUUACUUUGUUAAUUAUUUAUAUAUUCUUUACAUUUUUGGGAUAUUAUUUGUAUUCACUGUCGCUGUUCUUAUAUGUUCAUUAAUGAAAACCCAACAUUAAAAAGCAGUAUGUUUGCAACACUCCA